AUGGAAUCUGAGAACCUCACCUCCGUCACAGAGUUCAUCUUGGUAGGGCUCUCCAACCACCGCAAGACACAGAUUCUCCUCUUUGUGGUCAUCCUCAUAUUCUACUCAUUUACCUUUUUGGGGAACCUGGUCAUCAUCAUGCUGGUACUGGCCGACCCCCACCUCCAUACACCUAUGUACUUCUUCCUGACUCAGCUCUCUGGCCUGGAGAUAUGUUAUGUCACCUGCACUGUGCCCCAGAUGUUAGCUCAUCUCUUGUCUGGGAAUGGAGCUAUCUCCUUUGCCCGUUGCGUGACCCAGAUGUACCUUGGGUUGUCCCUGGGUAGCACUGAGGCUCUUCUGCUUGGUGCCAUGGCUUAUGAUCGCUAUGUGGCCAUCUGCCAGCCCUUGGUCUAUGCUGUUGCCAUGGAUAAAUGGCACCAGUUGCAGCUUUCCUCAGGCUCCUGGGUGGGCGGCUUCCUGCUCUCCCUGAUGAAUGUGGCCUGCACUCUUCGCUUCCCCUUCUGUGGCCCCAACUUCAUUAAUCACUUCUUUUGUGAGAUGCCAGUAGUGUUGAAACUUGCAUGUGCUGACACCCGGGUUACGGAGGCUGUCGUUUUUGGAGCAGCUGUGCUUAUCCUUCUAGUGCCCCUUUCUGUUAUCCUGACCUCUUACGGACUCAUUCUGUCUUCUGUGCUACAAAUGAAGUCAGCUGCUGGUCGGAGCAAAGCUUUCUCUACAUGUGCUUCCCACCUGGCAGUGGUCACUUUGUUCUACGGCACGGUUAUUUCUAUGUAUAUGAGACCCAGGUCAGGGACAACUCCAGACAGUGACAAGAAAAUUGCUUUUUUCUACAUUGUGGUCACCCCACUUCUCAACCCUAUCAUUUAUACCUUGAGGAACAAGGACGUCCAUGGGGCAGUGGCCAAAUUGCUACAAAGAGUGUCUUGGAAGAAGAAAGGAUGAAUGUUGCCAUCCUACUUAUUUGACUUGGAUGUUAUCCAAGGGCUGAGAUGGAUUGAUUUUUACAUCUGGCAUUCA